AUCAGACACACUCAGUAGUAAGCAAAUAACUUUCUCACUUGCGUUCGAACCUCGACAAUGGUUGAAGGAUUUUUUCUUUUCUGAAUUGAAAUUGUUUUUGCCGAAAGUUCCAUUCUCUGAUUUUUGAGCUGAAUUUUGUUGUUUUGCAAUCUCUCACUUAGGGUUUUGAUAUUCCAAUCCAUGAACAUUGCAGUUCUCAUUUGCGCAUUUAUCCUUCAAUCGACCGACAUAAUUUUUGUCAAAUCCUUCCAUCAAUUUGAUUCUUCAACCAGAUUUAGAUAUUAUAAGUUAUGGUCGACAUAAUUUCCGCAAUCUAUUUUUAUGAUCUUUCAAUUAUUCUCGCAUCUCUCCAAUCGUUGUUGCGUCUCUUAGAUAAGCCAAUUCUCAAACCUCUUGGAUCAUAGGGAUAGGAUAAUCGUGGCAAUUGCAACCAUGGCUACUUCAGUAUUUGCAUCUGAUCCACAUGAUUAACAUUUUAUUCUUCAUUACUGAUUAUUUAUUUGUGGUCAAACUCAGGAGGGUGGAGAGAGAAGAACAAUUGUGGGGAUUGGGACAGUGUGGGAGGAAAGGGGAGACAAAAAAGGGGAGAAGAAUGGAGGGUGAGUUGGUGCAGCAACAGCAGGAGAGAUUGAACCAGGCAGUGCAGCAGCAGCUAAACCUAGAACAAGUAAAGAUGCGGGCUAUCAGCCUGUUCAAAGCCAUUUCGAGGAUUCUGGAAGAUUUCGAUGCCUAUGCUCGCACCAAUACAACUCCCAAAUGGCAAGAUAUUUUGGGUCAGUAUUCUAUGGUCAACCUCGAGCUCUUCAACAUCGUUGACGAUAUCAAGAAGGUCUCCAAGCCAUUCCUAGUCUAUCCCAAGAAUGUCAAUGCUGACAAUGCUACAAUACUACCUGUUAUGCUUUCUACAAAACUACUCCCUGAAAUGGAGACGGAGGACACCUCCAAAAGAGAUCAAUUGCUUCAGGGGAUGCAGAACCUCCCAAUUGCCACUCAAAUUGACAAAUUGAAGGCUAGACUUGAUAUGAUUGCCGGAGCCUGUGAAGGUGCUGAAAAAGUAUUGGCUGACACUCGUAAAGCUUAUUGCUUUGGAACUCGUCAAGGCCCUGCCAUUGCCCCAGCUCUCGACAAGGGCCAGGCUGCCAAAAUUCAAGAACAGGAAAAUCUACUCCGGGCCGCCGUCAAUGUUGGUGAGGGAUUACGGAUACCUGGAGACCAAAGGCAUAUAACUGCUUCACUUCCAAUGCAUUUGGCAGAUGUGUUUACUGUCAAUGAGGGUGCACAAUCUUUUCCUGAAGGGUCUAGCAAUAAUGCGUAUAUGAAGAAUACCCCACUGUCAUCAAAUAGCAUGGGAGGCCAGAAUUCGUUGUUACAGACCUCAGGAUCACAACUUUUGGGAAGAUCGGCUGCAUCUCCUAAUGUUGCAACCAGCGCCACUUUUGACAAUACAGCAGCUUCACCAAUUCCAUAUGCCAAUUCACCUAGGUCUUCUACGAAUAUGAUGAAUACACCAUCCCCUCAGCAGCAAACCUCACAACAGCAGCAGCAACAGCCAACAGUGCAGCAGCAGCAACGGCAGAAAAUGAUGCAGUUACCUCAACAGCAGCAGCAACUUCUUGCUCAGCAGCAACAGUUUAGGCAAUCUGCAAUGCAGGGACUGGGGCAGUUGCAUGGACAACAUCAAAUGCAAUUUUCUCAACAAAUUGGGCAUCAGCAAUUUCAGGGUAGGCAGCUUACUUCGGGACAUGUGCAGCAUGGCAUUGGUCAAAGCCAACUCAAUCAAGGAAAUCAGAUGACUCGUAUAAGCCAGUUUUCUGGUGCUGCUAACAAUGCAUUAUUUAGUGCUGCUCAAACAACACCAAAUACCCAGAUGAUUCCGAACAUUUCAGCUGGAAUAUCUUCACAAUCUCUUUUGCCACGGAUGCAGUUUGGAUUAUCUGGCAACAAUCCUCAGCGAAAUCACGCUUCCCAAAUGUUGAAUGAUCAAAUGUUCAGCAUGGGAGGUGGCAACCCUGGUGGUAUGAUGUCGAUACAGCAGCAGCAGCAACAACAGCAAAGUUCACAAGGUGCAUUUGGUGGCAUGGCAUCAAAUGCUCAGAAUCUACAAUCUGGUAUGAUGACACUUCAAAACACUCAACAGAAUCAUCCCAAUUUCUCUCAACAGAGACAACAAAAUCAACAGUGAUUGGACUUGGCAUGGUUGGUUCAGUUUAGAAUGAAUCAAAACCAUGUUGCUCUUGAAACGUGGUUCACAAAAACUGAAGAAAACCGAUUAUUUUUUCCAUCUUUUAUCUUUUGCUUGCCAAACUUUUUAGAUUUUGUAACAACAAACUGAACUGGAAAAUAAUCGAAUCCUUAUUUACCGAUCUAGAAAUCCAACAAAAUCCUUUUGUAACAUACUGUUACUAUUUUAUUAACCAAUUGUAUCCUAGUAUCACCUAAUUAAUGAAUAA